GGCCUGCCGAGAAACGCGACUGGUCCGCAGAGGGGCCCCUUCCCCCCCUUCCUCCAACUGUUUGAUCUGACAUUUUCACGGUUUUGGAGGGAGGGAAUCAGAAAGCCAAAGGAGCAUCAUGCAGGCCCGUUACUCGGUCUCGGACCCCAACGCCUUGGGAGUGGUCCCUUACCUCAGCGAGCAGAAUUAUUACCGGACGGCGGGGACUUACGGCAGCAUGGCCGGCUCCAUGGGGGUCUACUCGGGCCACCCCGACCAGUACGCGGCCAGCAUGGGGCGCUCCUACGGGCCUUACCACCCCCACCAGCCCACGGCCCCGAAGGACUUGGUGAAACCUCCGUACAGCUACAUCGCCUUGAUCACCAUGGCGAUCCAGAACGCGCCGGACAAGAAGAUCACCUUGAACGGGAUCUACCAGUUCAUCAUGGACCGCUUCCCUUUCUACCGGGAAAACAAGCAAGGCUGGCAGAACUCCAUCCGCCACAACCUCUCGCUCAACGAGUGUUUCGUCAAGGUGCCUCGCGACGACAAGAAGCCCGGCAAAGGGAGUUACUGGACCCUCGAUCCGGAUUCGUACAAUAUGUUCGAGAACGGGAGCUUCCUCCGGCGUCGCCGGCGCUUCAAAAAGAAAGACGUCUCCAAGGAGAAAGAGGAGACGCUCCGGGACAGGCACCUCAAGGAGCCCCUGAAGGCUCCGGACGUCUCCAAGGACGCGCCGUCCAACACCAACGCCUCUGGCGGCGGCAACGCCUCCUUGCCCUCUUCUGCUCCGACUCCUUCUUCCGCGGCCGCCCCGUCGGAGAAAAAGAUAGUCAUCAAGAGCGAGGCGUCCUCUCCGGGCCUCCCCAUCAUCACUAAGGUGGAGACCCUCAGCCCGGAGAGCGGCAGCGCCUUGCAGGACAGUCCCCGGAGUGUGACCUCCACGCCUUCGGUCUCCACGGAGAGCUCGCUGCCCGGGGACGCCCACCAGCACCACCCGGGCGCCACCGGCACCAACGGACUGUCGGGCUUCAGCGUGGAGAACAUCAUGACGCUGCGGACUUCGCCGCCGGGGGAGCUCAGCCCCGUCAGCCGGACGGCGGGGAUGGGGUCCUCCUUGCCCCACAGCUACGCCCAGGCGCAGGCGCCCUCCAUCUACAGCCAGGCCUGUAGUCAGGGGGGGCUGGGCGAGGCCGGUGGCAGCUACCAGUGCAGCAUGCGGGCCAUGAGCCUCUACACGGGCGAAAGGAACGCUCACCUGUGCGUGCCCACCACCUUGGAGGAAGCCGCCGCCUCCAUCUCGGACCAGCAGCAAGCCAACGGGGCCUCCUCGCCCCUGGCCACCCUGAAUUUGGCCUCGGGCGGGCAGCAGCAGCAGGAGGAGGGGACCCUCACCCCCAGUCACCACCACCACCAUCACCACCACCACCAUCACCACGCCCUCCCUCACCACCAAGCUGGCGGGCAAGCCACCACCGCCGCCUCCUGGUACCUGAACCACACAUCGGAGAUCAACCACCACCUCCCGGGCCACGCCUUCGGCGCUCAGCAGCAGAACUUCUCCAACGUCCGGGAAAUGUUCAACCCUCACCGGCUGGGGCUGGAGACCUCGACGGCGCUGAGCGAGCAACAGGUGAGCACCAACUCCACCUGCCAGAUCCCUUAUAGAGCGGCGCCCUCCCUAUACCGCCACGCCAGCACCCCUUAUACCUAUGACUGCACUAAGUAUUGAUUGACCUGCUCCGGUUAGGCAGAAGCCGGCCCGCCAUCGGGAGCGGGAGCGGGGGGCUGGGCGCCCAGGGAAUUGAGCGUUGUGUUUUGUUUUUUAAACGAUCUUUCCUUCGAACAAAAGACUCAGGGGUGGGCUGGGGGAGGGAUCCCUCCUCCUCCCCCCCCAAAAAACUAGUGCUUUACGGACCCCAAAAUCCCUUUAGGUCUUCUUUCGUUCAAAUGUAUUGUCCUUGAAAGAGGAAAGGGGGCCUCUUUUUCAAUAAAAUUAAA